GAAGGAACCCGUGACCAUGUCGGACGAUGAAGAUUAUGAUUCAGAGGAUAUUUUGAAGCAGUGUCUAGCAGCAGCAUCGAGCAGCUCCUCGACAAACAUUCGCGGUGAUGCUCCUCAGUCGGAGAAGCGGAAAAGAGAACUAUGGAAACGUCAACAGCUGGCGAAAGAAGAGCAAGAUAAAGCAAAGAAAGCUAAGAAAGAGAAAGCCAGGGAAGCUGUGACAACUCUAGAGAAAGGUUUAUCGACAGCUAUUGAACCGACUAACAAAGGAUUUCAGCUACUCGCGAAGAUGGGCUAUGAACCCGGCAAGGCCCUCGGAAUACAGCCGAAUGCUCGCACUGAACCAAUCAAGCCUAUCGUAAAAGCUAACAGGUUCGGACUAGGGAAGCCGGAAGAGGAAAACAAGAAACACGAGAAAUUGAUCAGCGAAAUGCAAGAGCGAGCAUCAAAGCGAGAAGAAAUGCUGGUAGAUUUUCGAUCUCAAAAAAGUCAGCUUCUAGCCGAAAAAAUAAUUUCUAGAGACUUGAGCAAUGCACAGAAGGCUUGCCGAACACAGGAUGUGGAGGCAGGCAUGGUAGAGCCUCGAAUCCCGUGGUUUUGGCCACUGAAACCGCCUGAUGAAACUGACGUACAAGACGAAGAAGAAUCGGAGGAAGAGACAUUGUCAGAUGGCGAAAAGUUGAUGGAAAUCACUGAAUAUUUGAGAACUUUAUAUAAUUAUUGUGUGUGGUGUGGAAUCCGAUUCGAAGGUCCAAGUGAACUUGAUGGCGAAUGUCCAGGAAAUUCUCGAGAAGCGCAUGAUUGAUCAUAUAAACAGGCCAAGUAAGUUUCAGCUUUCUUUCAGUCUAAACCCAUGUAGCAGAAUAUUGACUGUAUGCAGAAAAAAUUAUCGGUCCACAAAUUAUUUUUCUUUGGCGGGGAGGAAAUAACCUGUUGGCUUCUUUUUAUGGAUAAUGAAUUUUAAAAUGCUACCUUAAUGGGAAAAACUAUCUAGCUUAAAUUUUUUCAUAAUCUAUUUUCCAGUACAGUUGAACCUCAAACCUCCAAAUAACUCUCUCAUUUGAAUUUUUCAAGUCCCCCAUCUGAAUAACCUUAGAAAUAAUGAAUAAAAACUUUUCUAACUUGCAGAAAUCAUUUGAAUUUUCUGAGGAUUGAAUUUUCUCCUUUUGGUUAAUAAGUUCUCAACACAUGAAAGAGAAACGCAACAAAAUUAAUUUAACGUGUUGUGAAAGACUAAUUGGGAAAAUGAACCCUUGCUUCAGCGAUUAUGUCAACACAUUUAAGUCCAGAAUUACAAUUCCCUCCAAUUCUUCUAUCUUUCCCCUACUAUAAACUUCAGAAGCUUAACCCCCUAACUAGAAACAUUUGGUGGUCUCUUGAAACUGGACUUAGAGAGGUUCAACUGUACUUGUGAAUUUAUCUUCAUGUGCCACCAAGUACAAUGGUCAGUUUUUAGUCAAAGAUGAUGAACAGGAUUGGUACUUCAACUGCAAUUCAAAUAAUGUUACCUUUUGUUCUGGUAGUGAGCUUGAAAUUCCUUGGUAGCAGUCUGGAGAGAUAUUUCGUUUACAUUUUCCAAAAAGGGUUUGGCUUUUUGAACAAAUUGAUAGAAUAAAAAAUUAAAAUCCUUUGUUAAAUUUGGAAUCCUUUUUGCAAAUAAACUGAUCAUUUUUUUACUUCGAUGUAUAUUACAGUAUCAGACUUUUCGAAGUAAAGUUCUGGAUUUACUGUGAACUUCGCAUUUCUUAGUACAGUACUACUUUCCAUUGAAAUUUAACUAUGUGAUAACCUACAACUAUGUUGAGCUAAAAUUGAGAUGCAGUUUUGUAGGGUUGACCAUUUUCCAUUCUUAAUCUAAGCUUUUCAAUUGUAGAAAGCAAGUGGCAACUUCAUCAGAUGUUAGUAAUUCCAAUGUCCACGCUAAUUCACUAAAAACAUGAUUAAAUAGACGGCACCUAACAACGGAUCAAUUUGAAUUCGCGCGAACAAACGUUGGAAAUGAUAGCUUAUUGUAAUUAAAAACAUCCGAAAGAAUUGUCACUCAAACAAAUUGACGAACAAUGAAAAUGCAUACAGAAAUUUUCAGAUUCAUAAGUUCCAUUUUUCUUCUUGCGCAAAAUGUGGAAAAGAACCCGUACGCUUUUGUUUCAAGGACAUGACAUUUCCACAUCCAUCCUCAAUGGAAUCAAUGACAAAUUAUAAAACACCAUUCGAUCAAAACAACUGAAUAGUCUCACCGGAUUAACGCGUAGUAAU